AUGUCCACCGCGGUGGGGGCCCAGGUCCCGGGCCCGGAGGGCUCCCCUGGCUCUCCACGGCUGCUCCUGGAGUCGCUCGGCUGUGCGCUGCUGCUGCCGCCUCUGUUGCUGCUGCUGCUGCUGGCGCUGGCCUGGGGGCUUCUGCUUGUCCGCCGGCGCGGGGUGCCCCCGGGUCCCCGGCCUUGGCCACUGGUGGGGAACCUGGGCUUCGUGCUGCUGCCUGCGGCGCUCAAGAGGUGGAGAUGGUCACUGCUGCCGCUGCAGCGCUGCGCCCCCAGGCCCCAGGCCCCCCAGCAGCCCAGCCCGCAGGUGUCCCUGGAGUAUUUGUCCCGCCUGUACGGCCCCAUCUUCAGCUUCUACCUGGGGCCCUACCUGGUGGUGGUCCUCAGCGACUUCCAUAGCGUUCGAGAGGCGCUCGUGCAGCAAGCCGAGGUGUUCAGCGACCGGCCCCGGGUGCCGCUCAUCUCCGUCGUUACUAAAGAGAAGGGUAAGCCCGGGCGUCCCGGGCAAGAGCUGAGGGCGGGGGAGGUGGAAGGAAGGAGCCCUGGACACUGUCCCAAGUGGCAUGCCGUACCACCACAGAUUUGGAGGCAGAGGACCCGGUUGCAAUUCAUACCCUUGUUGCCUUAAGCAGCUCUUUUCGUGCCUCGGUUUCUCCAUAUGAGCCAAGAUGAGCUCAGAAGCCUUUUCUAUGGUCCUGAGCCUGUGUCUCUUGAACACCCAGAAGUAUCGGUGUGGCCCCGAGGAUGGAGAAACUGACUUCAAUGAAGGGUGCUUGCAUAAAAAAAAAAAAAAAAAAAAAA